AUGCCUCUCAAGAAAGCCGCUGAAUCUUCACUCGGCCCUCCGAGGAAUAAAACGCCUCAAUGGCUUCAACGGAUACUUGUUGGUGCUGGCCUGCUUGUAGUUGGGAAAUGGGCAGCGAGUCUAUCCUCGAGCGGUUGGAUGAGUGACAGUACUUUGGAUCAUGUGAAGGAUUCUGUGGGCGGACAGAGCUCUGACCCGUACCUUUCGACCUUGACGGAGCCAUGGAGUAAAAUCACCCCAAGCAAAGAGAUCGAGUACCAUGACUGCUUCGGCGACUUCCAAUGCGCCCGCUUGGAUGUGCCCAUGGAUUGGAACAACACCGAGCCUGGCGACCCUCGCGUUGGUCUAGCGGUGAUAAAAAUAGCUGCAAGAGUACCUGUCACAGAUUCCAGAUACGGCGGGCUUCUAUGGGUCCAGAUUGGUGGCCCUGGCUCAUCAGGCGUCGACUUCAUCAUAAAGCACGGGAAGACUUACCAGAUGAUCGUAGACUCCGACGUUGACCCUUCACUCGAUGACAUUGAUAUUCACAUUUCUCCAAAGUACUAUGACAUCCUUGGCAUGGACCCUCGCGGUGUCAACAACACGACGCCACGUUACUCAUGCUUUCCGACCGCGGCUUCGAGGGAUAUCUGGAGUCUGCAGUCAGGCGCGCAGGGUAUCAGUGGGAGUUCCGACGAUGCAUUCAACAAUAUCUUCGAGAGAACGAAAGCUCUUAGCGAAGGGUGCUCUAAGCGUGUUGCAGGUGGCGAGAACGUCGAGGACAAACUGGCUUAUCACAUGAACACAACUCCAGUCGUUGCAGACAUGGUCGAAGUCCUCGAGCGGCACGGACAAUGGCGGGAGAAGCAAGCGUUAGCCAGUAUUGGUCAGUCAAGCGGGCACUACGCCACUGCCGCCAAAGCGAGGACGAAAUGGCAAAAAGGGAAAGAGAAGCUCUUAUACUGGGGUCUUUCCUACGGCACAGUGCUCGGUGCAAACUUUGCAACUAUGCAACCCCACCGCAUCGAACGUGCCGUCAUCGACGGCGUAGCUGACGCAGAAGAUUUUGCUCGUGGUGAAUGGUUUACCAAUCUUCAAGACACCGACAAAAUCAUUCCGAAAGUCUGCGAAUACUGCGACAGAGCCGGUCCAGACAAAUGCGACCUGUACACAGAAGGCGGCGGGCAAGCUAUCAGCGACAAACUCGAAGACACGGUAAACUCCCUUUAUGAAAAUCCCAUAGGUGUUCCUGCCACGGGCUCCAUGGCACCAGACCUCAUUACCUACUCAGACAUAAUGUCGGCGAUCCGGCCCGCCCUCUACGAACCCAUAGGAUACUUCCCCGAUUUAGCAAGAAUGCUCAACGAUCUCUCGAAGGGAAAUGGCACUUCAUUGGCCAUGGCCAAACAAGCUUCCCAGCGCGUGUCUACGCCCAGCGAAGAAUGUCUCGACGCCCCACCCUACGCGCCGGGAUGCCGGACCCCGGGUCCAGAAACACAGCUAGCGAUCUUGUGCACGGACGGCGAUUUUAGGACACAUGGGAUGAGCAAAGCAGAUUACGGAGCCUAUGCUGACGAAUUACGGCGGCAAAGUCGAUGGUUAGGCGAGUCAUGGGCUCAUAUUCGAAUGCAAUGCGUGGGCUACGAUGUCCGACCGAAAUGGCGAGUCCCGGGACCGUUUACCGGGCAGACGGCGAACCCGAUGUUGAUUUUGGGAAAUACUCACGAUCCUGUUACGCCGAUCCGAAAUGCCCACACUAUGGCUUCUCGCUGGCCCGGCUCCGUCGUCUUAACAUCGGACUCGGAAGGCCACUGCAUGUUCAGCUCGCCCAAUCUGUGCAUGGCGCGAUAUAUCCGAAAGUACUUCCAGACUGGAGGAACACCACCCAAGGGCACAGUGUGCGAGGCCAACGAGAGGCCAUUCAUCGGAGUCACGAAGCCGCCAGAGGAGGGUGAAGAGGCGUUGCUCGAGCGGUUGCGGUCGGACGCGAGGAGAUAUUUUGAGUAA